AUGUCACGGCGGCAACUACAGGGCCGAUCGUCACAACGGAGGAGACGGCUAUUUGGAGAAUGGUGGAAGAGGCCGGCGGGGGCCGGCGGGGUGGACCCCGAGAUCCUUGCCAGUAUCGUGAUGCCGAACCCUGAAAUCAAGGUCAUGCGGGAGAAACUAAAAGCAGCAGCUCCCACUGUGGGAGCGCAACAGGGUACACCCGCCGCCUCGUCUACACCUGCGGAGGACCCUAGCACGACUGGCGCCAAAUCCCCCUCGGCCACAACCGGUGAGGUCGGUGACGGGAAGCAAACGCGCAAGGGCAAGGCGAAAUCCGACCCUUCCAAGGCGACGUCUAAAGCGGUCACGCAGGGUUGGAAGGGUUCAGGCGUCCGCGUUGACAAGGAGACGGGGCUGGCCACGUCGGAGAUGAAGUUUGGGAAGAAGAGCCGUAACAUUUGCCAGUCAAUGGACAAGUCUGAGGCCACCUACUACAUCGCGGUCGCCGUUUCAUCGUUCGACGGCUACGUGAGCGAUGUGAUUCUCGCCGAGUUCGUUGGUGUCAAGGAGGAUGUGAUCGAGCAGUAUAAGUCGGACUGGAAUGUGGUGCGAUUGAUUCCGGACGACAUGUGGACGGUCAUGUUCCAAGAGGUGGUUGCGGAGUACAACAGGAUAACCGCCGCCAACCGCGCAGCUCUCAUGGUGGCUCUUCGUCCGGCGGUGUGGUUCGGCGACCUUCUAGAGUCGACCAAGCCCGAGAAGGCCGCAAAGAAUAAGGUGGCGAGCGACAUGAUCACACGUGCUUUGAUGUGUGCCGCCUUCGCACCUGUGGCCGCGAAAGUCACGCCCAUCCCGGGCGUCGAGUCAGAACAGUUAUCCGAGAUCCUGGCCGGGACUGCGUGCGCAGUGUGGUGCUUUUUGGAGACCAAUGCCUCGGCGGAAGCAGCGGCCGGCGAAGGGGGGGCGGCAGCGACUGUGCGCGGAGCGUCCUCUGAGUUUGCGAGUCGGUGUAAGAGCGUCAUCGAGGUGGUGCUUCAACGAGCGUCGUCCCGGGAGGUCGUCGUAGGAGAGGUCGCCGGCAUGGUGACGAAGGACCUGCAAGGCGCUGUGCUGAGGUUGCUGCCUGAGGACGGGGACGAGCGUGACCACGACGAGCUGAUCGCCUGCGUCAUGUUUGAGAACCUCGCCUUCUGGGGGGACUGCUGUGUCGGCGGCCCUAAACUCAAAGCUCGCGGCAUAGUUUUGCCUAUUGACGCCGACAUGAAGACGAUCGUUUGGGACAGGGGGGCGAGGGGGCAGCACAAAGGGAAGCAGACGACUAACGCUUAG